AUGUCUGACGUCGACAGCCCGGUGAAGGUGCCUACCAAGGCGAGGAGGCGGAUCGUAGAGUCGGACGACGAAGACGAAGCCCCAGCUAGCAAGGCCGGAGCGUCGCCGUCCAAGAAGGAAGCCAAGGUGUCUUCUCCUCCUGCGAAGAAGCCCAAGAUCGAGGAGAAGCCGGCCAAGAAGCCAGCCCCCGCCGGCCCAUCGAAGAAUGGCAAGCCUCUCGCGUCCAUUUUCGCCAAGCCGGUUCCAAAGGCUAAGGAAGAAGAUACCGACGACUACAAGGACCGCGCGGUGGAGGAGGAAGGUGAAGAUGAGAUUAGCGACGAGGAGGAGCAGGAGCAGGAGGAGAAGGCCGCCGUUAAGCUUGCCUCUAUCUUCACCAAGGACUACAGAUCUGCGCCUCCCGACAAGGCAUGGAAGGAGGGUGAACCCCUUCCGUACUCUGUCCUCGUAACCGCAUUCGAGAAGAUUGAGGCGACGACCAAGCGCCUUGAGAUCUUGGGUAUCCUCACGCGCUUCCUCCUCAUGGUGGCGAAGCGUGAGAAGACCACUGAUGCCAAGAGCUCCAACCUUUUGAAGGCGGUGUACCUCUGCAUCAACAGGCUGUGCCCAGACUACGAAGGCACCGAGCUGGGUAUCGGCGAGUCCCUCCUCGUCAAGGCUAUCGCCGAGAGUACUGGUCGCAACAUUGCCAAGAUUAAGGAGGACCUCAGGAAGGAGGGUGACUUGGGCAAGGUUGCAAUGCUGUCGCGCAACACUCAGCCGACAAUGUUCAAGCCCAAGCCCCUCACCGUGCCGUCGGUCUUCCAGAGCCUCACGGACAUUGCCAAGACGUCGGGCAACAACUCGCAAACCCGCAAGGUCGGCAUCAUCAAGAAGCUCCUCGCAGCCUGCCAAGGAAAUGAAGCCAAAUUCAUCAUCCGCAGUCUGGAAGGCAAGCUUCGUAUCGGUCUCGCCGAAAGGUCACUGGUUGUGGCCCUCGCUCAUGCCAUUGUGUUGAAGAACCUGGGUGAUAAGAAGAUCUCACCAGAGAUGCUCACCCAGAAGCUGGAGGAGGGAGCGGAGAUUGUCAAGGGCGUUUACAGUGAACUGCCAAACUACGACCUCAUUGUCCCCGCACUGCUGGAGGCCGGCGUUGAGGGCCUUCGUGAACGGUGCAAGCUCACCCCCGGAGUGCCCCUCAAGCCCAUGCUUGCCAAGCCAACCAAGGCUAUCGGCGAGGUUCUGGACCGCUUCGAGGGCAAGGAGUUCACCUGCGAGUACAAGUACGACGGCGAACGCGCCCAGGUGCAUCUGUUGGAGGACGGUAGUAUCGCUGUGUUCAGUCGCAACUCGGAGAACAUGAGUGCGAAGUAUCCUGAUCUUGUUGAGCAGAUUCCGAGGUGUAUCAAGCCUGGCGUCAAGUCAUUUGUCAUCGACUCGGAGGCGGUUGCCUUUGACCUCGAGACAAAGAAGCUCCUCCCCUUCCAGGACCUGAGCAGGAGGAAGAGGAAGGAUGUUCGUACCGAGGACAUUACCGUCCGAGUCCACCUGUUCGCGUUCGACCUGUUGUAUCUCAAUGGCGAGAGCCUUCUCCACAUGGAGCUUCGGGAGCGGCGAAACCUACUGCUUGAACACUUCCAGCCAGUCGAGGGCGAGUUCGGCUUUGCCAAGUCAUCAGACGGCACGUCAUCCGAGGACAUUGCGGCGUUCCUCGAGGAGAGUGUCAAGGAUGGCUGUGAGGGUCUCAUGGUCAAGCUACUCGCGACAGAGGCAUCAAACUACGAGCCGAGUCGGCGCAGUAUCAACUGGUUGAAGCUGAAGAAGGACUACCUCUCCGGCGUGGGUGACUCAUUGGACCUGGUCGUCGUCGGUGCCUACUACGGCAAGGGCAAGCGUACCAACGUGUACGGCGCGUUCCUCCUCGCGUGCUACGAUCCCGACUCGGAGAACCUGCAGACCAUUUGCAAGAUUGGCACUGGCUUCUCCGAGGAGAAGCUGGCCGAGUUCUACAACGAGCUGCACCCGCUGGAACUGUCUGGUGGCCCACGAAACGACAUUGAGAUUGGUGGCGCCAAGCCCGACGUGUGGUUCGAGCCCAAGGUGGUGUGGGAGGUGCUCACUGCCGACCUGAGUCUGAGUCCAGUGUACACUGCGGCGCACGGAAUUGUCGAGAGCCGCGGCAUCUCGCUCCGCUUCCCACGAUUCAUCAAGGUGCGCGACGACAAGGGACCGGACGAGGCGACGUCGGCAGAGCAGGUGGCCGAGUUCUACCAGCGGCAGGCGACUGCGGCUGGCAAGAGCCGUGGGGGCAACGUGGACGACUUCUGGUAGCGCAGUGUACAUUUUAGCGAAUCAUGUGUUUGCAUACGGUAAC